AGUUGGUUCGAAACCUGCCAUAAAAUCAGAAGAAGAAGAAUUGUCGCGGUGGAAUGAUGGCGGUGAGUGUUGUGUCGGUAUGUCAAUAUUGGAGACGCUUUGACAUACAGCAGUUGCAGAGAGAGUUAGACAGCACUGCCACACUAUUGGCCAGCAGACAGGAUGACAGUGAACAGUCCAGGAAGAACCUCGUCGAGCAGAGCCGACAGUUUAAAAAGAGCUCACCAGAGGACCUGAGGAAGCUUGUGGCUCCACUGCUGAAGAGUUUUCAGGCUGAGGUUGAUGCAUUGAGCAGGAGGAGUAAAGAAGCAGAAACAGCCUUCUUAAGCGUCUAUAAACGGCUGAUCGAUGUGCCGGAUCCAGUGUCAGUGUUGGAGUUGUCACAGCAGCUGCAGCUGAAGGUUCAGAAGAUGAAUGACAUUGACACAGAGAAUCAGAAGUUACGUGAGACGCUGGACGAAUACAACAAAGAGUUUGCUGAUGUCAAGAACCAAGAAGUGACCAUUAAGAACCUAAAGGAGAAGAUCCGGGAGUACGAGCAGAGCAUCAGGAACCAGGCACAGAAUCUGGCCCAGGAGAAACAGCAACAGAUACAUAAAGACUUUGCUGAGAAAGAGAGGAAGUUCCAGGAGUCACAUGAGGCUUUGGUGUGUAAGCUGCAGGAUGCAGAACUAAAAGCUCAGACCCUGCAGACAGCCCUUGAAAGAACACAGACAGAGCUUUUUGAUCUAAAGACCAAAUAUGAUGAAGAGUCAACAGCAAAAGCUGAUGAGUUUGAGAUGGUGAUGAUUGAUCUGGAGAGAGCCAAUCAGAGAGCAGAAGCCGCUGAGAGAGAAGUGAGAUUACAGAGAGAACAAAUGACUUCAGCUAACAAAUUAAUUCAACUCCCAUCACAAAUCCAUAGAACUCCAAAUACGCAGGAUGAGUGUGAGAUGACAUUACGUCCGAGUCUGGAGGCAGAGCUAGGUUUAAAGGAACGUGAGAUGAUUCAGUUGGUGGAGGAUGUUCAGAAACUGCAGGGCAACCUCUCCACUCUUCGGGAGAACUCGUCCACACAGAUCAGCCAAUUACAUCAGCAGCUCACCAUCAAGACUGCCACACUGAAGCAACUGGAAGAGAAGCUUCAAACACAAGCAGAUUAUGAGGAGGUGAAGAAAGAGCUGAGUAUCCUGAAGUCAAUGGAGUUUGGCCCAUGUGAUGACUCUACAUUGCAGGAUUCAUGUAAACCAUUAGAAGUGCUUCUGCUGGAGAAGAACCGCAGCCUACAGUCUGAGAAUGCAUCUCUGCGCAUCGCUAACACUGACCUGAGUGGCCGUUAUGCAACUCUACAGCUGGAGUUCUCAGCAGCAGUGAAGAGCAUCUCUGAUCAAAAAGAUCUUAUCCUCAAACUGGAGCAGGAUCUAAGCACCAUCCAGACUAUGUCACGGCCCGAGGCUGAGGGUGCAGACAGCACUGUGCUGAUAGUCCCUGAGCCCGUGAAAGAAGCCACAUCUCUUUUCUCAGGUGUGAACAGCUCUCCUCAGGCAGACAUUCCUCAGGGUCAGAUGGAUUCUCUGCUGUCCAUUAUCUCCAGUCAGAGAGAGCGUUUCCGCUCACGUAAUCUGGAGCUGGAGGCUACAAACAGUUCCCUUCAGCAAACCUUACAGGCGCUGCAGAGCAAGCUGGACAGCAUGCGGGCUGACAACAUCAAACUCUACGAGAAGAUCAAAUUCCUGCAGAGCUUCCCCAGCAGAGCUGGAGACAGUGAUGAUACAGUCAUGCGGUACUCAUCUCAGUAUGAGGAGAGACUUGACCCCUUCACAUCCUUCAGUAAACGGGAGCGGCACAGAAGAUAUCAGAACCUCAGCCCUUGGGACAAAGCUACACUCAGUUUGGGUCGUGUCAUUCUGUCUAAUAAGACUGCCAGAACGGUUGCUUUCUUCUACACACUGUUACUGCACUGCCUCAUCUUCCUGGUGCUGUAUAAAGCUGCUUGGAGUGAGAGUAUCGGCCGAGACUGUGCUGCAUUUUGUGCCAAGAAGUACUCCGAUCACCUGCACCGCUUCCAUGAGGAUGGAGACAUGUGGCAGUAAAUAAACCUUCAGUAGCAGAGAGAUUCACAUCACUCACAUCAGCAUCAUUCUGUCAAUCAUUAAGUCCAAAAAACAACUUUAUUUAGUUUGUUAAUGAUAACAAUUUAGUGCUUCUUUCUAUUGAUUUAUCGGUACUGGGACUUGCUCAUUUUGACUAUAUACUGGGUUAUAUGUAUUAAUUUCACAGGAAUUUGUAAAGGUUUAAUGUUAUUGACAAUAUUUACUCUCUCUGGCAUUUUUCUGAUUUUGUCAAAGUUUUAAACUUUAUCAUCUCAUUACAACCAUUAUUGUUCAAUUCUGCUCCUUCUAUGAACAUUAUUUUAUAAAUUAGGGCUGUCACGAUUAUUAAAUUUGUGAAACGGUUAAUUGCCUAAUUAAUUGUGACGAUUAUGACAAUUAAUUGCCUGUUUUUGGGCUUUGCCGGUUAUAUUGAUUAAUUGCCUAUUUUAUUGCUUUGACAUUUAAUUCUCAUACAUUUUGUUUGUUCAUGAAAUAAUUUUCAUACAUUGUUGUGAUUAUUUAAAUUACAUCUUUUGCUAGAUUUACCAAGCAGUGAAUUUGACACUUAUACCACAGGUCUGUUGAAUGCUGUAUUCUGAUUGGCUGAGAAAUGUUCUGUUGGUAUGCAUUAAUUUCUGAUAACCGCACACCUAACUUGUCAAAUGUCUUAAAAAUAGGCACCAGAGCAAUGUUUGUGGUAACCAUGGUAUAAGAGGAAUAAUUGACUCCGGUCCAUUGAAUUAUUUGAAAAUAAUGCACAGAUUACUCCGCUUCGCGUCGUGCCGCAUUACACCUUGGGUGUGCAUUAUUUUCUAAUAAUUCAAUGGCCCGUCGUCAAUUAUUCCUUACGAAUAACACAAAUUUAAAAGUCUUUAAAUUAUGUUUUUUUCCACUGUAUUGAAUGGUUUUGCAAUGUAUCACAUUACACUGUCAGUUAAGGAACGCCAUCUAAUACAGUCUUGUUUAAACAGGCGCUACAGCUCCCCCUUCUGUUUUUAGAGAGUUGUGCAAUCAUUGCGGUGAUUUGAAAUCAUCGCGAUGAGGUCAAACAAUUGCGAUGAGACGAUUAUUUAAUCAUUGUGACAGCCCUAUUAUAAAUAUUAUUCUAACACCUAAAUAAAAGCGAGAGGUUGAUCUUUAACUUUGUGUUAGACUCCAGAUGUAAAGAUCUCCUAGAUCAUCAAAUGAGAAAGUUAAACAUACCAUCAUGGCACAAUGAUUAUAAAUGUAAUUUUCAUACUGUUUAUUUAGCUGAGUUACUUUAUAUAGACACUAUAAAAAACAAACAAAAAACUUUUCUGCCUUCCUGGGCUGCAUUAAAAUUUUGAUGAAGUUUUAUGGCUUGUUUCUU